AUGGCCAAAGGAAUCCCAGCUCUUCCAGCAAUUUGCUUUUUCACUCUUCUCAGCAAACUUGAAGGAACCACAGUGCCAUAUACACUCUCCCAGUUACUCAAGGUUGACGCCCAGAACGGCGUUGCAGGAGCCGCAUCCAUCGACCCGUCUAAAAAAUACCCACUAUUUGUGACUUGGGACAAGCAUUCGGCUCAAGGAAGGAAAAAGGCAGGGGAGGAUGACGAUGAGUUAUACUCGUUACGAGGGUGCAUCGGUACUUUUGGUCCAUCCCACGUUCUUGAAAAAGAGGCUGGGAAUUAUGCUGCAAUUGCGGCUUUUAACGAUACUCGAUUCUCACCCAUUUCCCAGCGUGAACUUGAGUCUCUUAAAUGCAGUGUAACAUUAUUAGACAACUUUGAAAAGGCAAAAGACCCUCUUGACUGGACGGUUGGAAAACACGGAAUUAUUGUAAGUUUUUCUUUACGUAAACGAAACUACCAUGCCACUUUUUUGCCUGAUGUCAUGACUGAGCAGGGUUGGACCAAGGAAGAAGCAAUCAGCCAGUGCAUGCGCAAGGCCGGGCUUCAUUCUUUUGACCGUCCGGAAGAUAUUUCAGACCUUGAGGUAGAACGAUACACUGGAGAAAAAAGCUCAUUGACUUACAGUGAAUUUCUCGAGUAUUCAAAGAAGCUUUAA